AUGAAGUUGACUUAUUUCGCACUUCUUCACGCGCUGGUAGGAGCAGCAUGUGCUUACCAAGCGACAACAACUGCAAGUUCCUUGUUCCGUGAUCCAAACGAGAUUUCCACUGACAAGGGUAACGGCGUAUACACUGCUGCAGGUUCCCAAGCUCUCUACGACACCGCUGGCGCAACCUGGUGUGGCGCCGGCUGCGGAAAAUGCUACAACCUGACUUCCACAGGCAGCUCACCUUGCACUGGGUGUGGCCUUGGUGGAGCCGCUGGCGAGAGUAUCAUUGUCAUGGUUACCAACCUCUGCCCAUACAACGGUAACCAGCAAUGGUGUCCUGAGGUAGGCAGCACCAACCAGUACGGAUACAGUUACCACUUCGACAUCAUGGCGCAGAGUGAGAUCUUUGGCGACAAUGUUGUUGUCGAUUUUGAACCUGUGGAUUGCCCUGGACAAGCUACAUCGGACUGGGAAACGUGCGUAUGCUAUGGACAGACUGCUACAGACGUAACACCUGUGGGCUUGACAGGUGGAGGUGGUUCAAGUGGUUCAUCCUCGACUUCUCCCACAAACCCGACGACGAGUUCGUCAACUCGGACUUCGACCUCGAGCUCUGCUGGUGCCACGCAGACAGUGUAUGGACAGUGCGGCGGCGGUGGCUGGACUGGAGCGACGGUUUGCGCGUCAGGUUCCACCUGUCAAGUGGUGAAUCAGUGGUACUCGCAGUGCCUGCCUUCGUAA